AUGGUGUGUUUCUGUACCUGCUAUCUUUCACCUAACCCUGCAAUGUCUGUACCCUGCUUAGAGGAUCCUGCUGUUGAAACAGCGGAGGAAGCUAAGGAACCAGCAGAGGCAGACAUCAAUGAACUCUGUAAGGACAUGUUCAACAAAAUGGCCACUUAUUUAACAGGUGAACUGACAGCCACCAGUGAAGACUACAAACUCUUGGAAAACAUGAAUAAGCUGACUAGCUUGAAGUACCUAGAAAUGAAAGAUAUUGCUAUAAACAUCAGUAGAAAUCUGAAGGAUUUAAAUCAAAAAU